AUGAGUAUGAAUACUUCCCCAGAACGAACGGGCCUUAAAAUUGGCACUGCUCUAAGGGAUUCUAGAUUGCGUAGGUCUCCCGAAAGGCAAAGUGUUCCGGUGUCUCAAGAAUUGUCCUUUAUUUAUGAUUUGAAAAGGGAAUUUGAUCGCAUUGCUGAUUCUGGCGCGUUCAUUAUCCGUGCUGUUGAUUCUCUUUCCAAAACCGACGCUCAUGCCCUGGAUAUUGACGUUGAUGUGGUUUUAAACGAUAUUGAACGAGAAGAAGAAUAUAUUUUUUCGCCUAUUCCUCAUUAUCUUCAAAGUGAGUGGAAGCGAAUGGUAUCCGAAAAUGAAAGUGCCAUAAAUGAUGUUGUGACAAAACUGGAUACAGUUGGAAGGCUUAAUGAAGACGGGAAACUGCGUGCCGAUUACAGUGAAAGCGCCAGAAUUGUAAUUGAUCCUUCUGUUCCUUUGCUUAUGCCUUUCAGCAAGGAACGUUAUCAUGCAUCUCCACAACGAAAGACUGCACCCGGCUACUAUCAUAGCUUGUUUUUUGGAGAGGGAGAACCCGUGGUGUUCGUUCCACCGGAGAAUAAUAAAAGGAAAGAUAUUGAAAAAUUAAAUAAAGAACGGGAGUAUUGGAAGAAGAAGUUUCAGCGCGCUCAGCGCGGCGAUGUGGUUGAACCAAAAAAGACAAUAAAAGUUCCAAAUGAUUUUGUUCCUUCAUGUGCUCAGGUGGAUCACUCUUUGGUCCAACAGGAAUUGCAAAAAAGGAACGAAAUAGAGAAAAACAAGGGAAAAAAAGAGACACCAGUAAAGAGAAAAACAGUAUCGCCUGCGCACUGA